AUGAGGCAGAGGCAUUCCCCACGGAGCGAGGACCCUUUACCCCGAGCCUUUGAAAGUGAUCUGACCGCUCGCUGGAGCCGCCGUAAGCCACACUCCGCCACACGCUCCCAGCAGCAACUGCGGCAGGACAUGUGUCUGGUGUCAUUCAGCGGGAGGUGGGAUUCCUCUGUGCGCCGCGGGAUCAAUGAACAGCAAGAACUACAGCAGAGCUAUAGACGAGAGGGACAGAAGAGAGCGAGCUACAGCAGAGCUACAGAAGAGAACGAGCUACAGCAGAGAGCUACAGAAGAGAGCCACAGAAGAGAAAGAGAGCUACAGCAGAAAGACACUACAGCAGAGAGAAACUACAGUAGAGAGAUAGCUACAGCAGAUAGCUACGGCAGAGAGUUACAGCAGAAAAAGCGCUUCGGCAGAGAGCUAAAGCAGAAAAAGUGCUACAGAAGAGAUAUAGCUCCAGCAAAGAGGCUACAGCAGAGAGAGCUACAGCAGAGAGAGGCUACAGCAGAAAGAGCUACAGCAGAGAGGCUACAGAAGAAAGAGAGCUACAGCAGAGAGGCUACAGAAGAAAGAGAGCUACAGCUGAGCUACAGAAGAGAGCUACAGCAGAGAGCUAAAGCAGAAAAAGCGCUACAGAAGAGAUAG